AGGAAAGCAUCUGGGCCGUUGGAUUGUUUGCCUUCAAAUUAAAAGGAAAAUAGGAAAAUGGUUUUUUAUCGGACGGUGGACGGCUUCUCCGAUGUGAAGCCCAUCCCGACCGUCGGAUUUGUUUCUUAAACCUCUCUUUGUUUCAAGCUUUUGGCUAUGGCGUCCCCAUCGUCGCUGUGCGCCGAUCUCCGUGGCGCUCGAGCGGCGCCCGCAUUGCCGUCGCAAAUUUCUUCCUCCUCCUCCUCGGCCGUGGCGUUUCCUCUGCGCGCGCGGAUCGGUGGAUCGCUGAGCGUUUCUUCGUCGUCGAUCGGACGCAGGGAUCUUGGGAUUGGCAAAUGUAGCAGCGCAGGAGAGGCGGCGAAUGUGGACGUCGAGCAAGUGCCGAUCGAGAAGAGGUUUGAAGAAUUUCCUUCUGUGCUAGACAUCAACAAGAUCCGGGACAUUCUUCCUCACAGAUAUCCAUUUUUGCUAGUAGACAGAGUGAUCGAGUAUCAACCCGGUGUCACGGCAGUAGGGAUUAAAAACGUGACGAUCAAUGACAAUUUCUUCCCCGGCCACUUUCCGGAGAGACCGAUCAUGCCUGGAGUUCUCAUGGUUGAGGCAAUGGCUCAAGUUGGUGGGCUCGUGAUGCUCAAGCCCGAAGCUGGCGGCUCCAAGGAGAUUUUUUUCUUUGCGGGCGUGGACAAGGUCCGGUUCCGCAAGCCAGUGAUCGCCGGUGACACUCUGGUGAUGAGGAUGAACCUCGUCAAGUUCCAGAAGCGAUUUGGCAUCGUCAAGAUGGAAGGCAAGGCGUACGUUGGCAAGAAUGUGGUUUGCGAGGGGGAAUUCACCUUGGCAAUGGCAUCAUCAGACGAUGAAGCAACCAGCAACUGAGCUUUGGGCUUUUUUUGAGCUCAUAAUCAAGUUUUACACGAUAUUAUUCUCGUUUGAUAAAGAUGGUCAAGCUAUUGUCUGUUAGCUCCAUCAAUCUUAUGCUCGGUCUCAUGCUUUUAGUGUUCAAACCUUAAAAAAUUUAAAACA